AUGGGAGCACAUAACUUGUCUUAUUCACGUGAAUGGAGAAAUAGGAUUGGAGAAUCAAGCUUCGAAGGAAGGGAGAGUAGCUAUAGCAUUGUGCCAACUAUUCUUAGAUUUGGGGCUUCAUUGCUUUCCCUCUCCUCCCAAUGGCGUCUUACCUCUGCUGUUAGCAGAUACGAUUGGAGUAUGCUGGCCGCAGUCUUCCUUAGUGGUCCCCAGCUGGAGUUUCAUUUCUGGUCUUCCAGACUUGCUUUCAUCAACGAUGUUGGUGUUGGGGCGAAGGAGACAAAGGGAAGGAAAGAGAAUGUCCGAGCUAGAAGUAGAGGCCGAUGUGAGCAUUCCUCAGAGAAAGGAGUUAUUCCGUAUCCUUCCCGGUCUCCUAAUUCGAUAAGGGCGAGGAAGCGAACGAGUCAGUUUUCCACUUCUUCAUUGACCCAACAAACUUUUCGAAGCGAACCUCUUUGGAGGGCUUAA